AUGUUCAAGUUUUACGUGCUCUUGAUUCACCUCUUUGGAGCCUAUGGUGCUCUGCUCUACGCUAACCUUGGAGACAAUGUGACUUUACUUUGUUUCUCCAGUGAGAGAAACCUGUGUUGGUACAAGCAGGUUGCAGGGGAACAACCUCAAAUAAUUUCCUCUUUCUACAAACAUUCAUUCUCCAACAUCUUUUACAACCAGUUUAAAGAUGACAAACGAUUUUCAGUUCACACUGGAGCAGGAUUCUAUCAUCUGGACAUUUCUAAUGUCCAGGACUCAGAUUCAGCCAUGUACUACUGUGGACAAACCAGUGUAACAGUCACUGAAUUUAGCAAUGGAACAUUUUUGGCUGUCAAAGAGUCCAGCUGCAGGUCUUUCCUCCAGCAGCCGCUGUCUGAGUCUGUGCAGGCAGGAGGCUCCGUGAGUCUGAACUGCACGGUGCACACUGGGACCAGUGACAGAGAACACAGCGUUUACUGGUUCAGAAAGGAUACAGGAAAGUCCCACCUGGGGAUCUUGUACGUCCACACACACAGCAGCAGUCGGUGUGUGAAGGCCGCAGGGUCUGAGUCUCCUGCACAGAGCAGGUGUGUGUACAAUUUAUGGAAAAGGAGUGUGAGCCUGUCUGAUGCUGGGACGUACUACUGCGCUGUGGCUUCGUGUGGAGAGAUACUGUUCGGGGGAGGAACGAGACAGGAGGUUGAAGACAAGAAACAUGUCUGCAUCCUGGGACAUGGGACAAUUAAAAAGUGCAGACUUUUUAUGGAUGGAUUUGUGAUAUUAGUUGUAAAUACAUCACAUGAAAUGAAGGGGAACAAGUGGAGAUAA